AUGAAGGUAGAAGCAUUACAACAAGUAUCGAGCGUCAGGCAAGCCCAACUAUUUGGGACCACCGAGGACAGACAUGGACAGUUCCAUCGCGCCUUCACUCCCCGCCAGAUCCAUAUGAUCUCUUUGGGGACGGCUAUGGGAAGUGGAAUGUUCAUCAUGGUUGGACAAGCCCUGUCGACUGGGGGCCCUGGGAACAUGCUCCUCGCGUAUGCUCUUGUCUGCUCUUGUGCUUGGGCGGUCCUGUAUACGCUCUGCGAGAUGGUAGUAGCCUUUCCAGUAUCAGGGAACUUCGUCGAUUACGCAGAUCGCUGGGUCGAUCAGUCGGUGGCCUUUGGCGCUGGCUUUUCCGAAUGGCUAAGCUACACGGCAGUGAUUUCUUCCGAAGCGGCGUUCCUUAACAUACUUAUUCAAUAUUGGGCAAAUCAACGGUUUCCGGAGGCAGCCUCAUUGACUAUCAUGCUUGUGCUAUUAUCGAUUAUAUUCGUCUGCCCUGUCAAGGUUUUUGCGCAGUUUGAGUACUUUACGUCAAUGGUGAAGGUGAUUCUCUUCGUCUUGCUCAUCGUGAUAUGCGUGGCCAUGAUUGGAGGCGCUGGCAAGACAGGCCAUGUCCAUCACGGCUCGACUUGGACGGACUUGCCGCCCUUCAAGAACGGGUUCUCGGGAUUUGCAAAAUGUGCCACGUUGGCUGUCUGGGGCAUCGGCGACCAGAUCCCCGUCACGACGAUGGGAGGCGAAGCUCAAAAUGUCCGAUACUCGCUGGCGCAUGCCAGCAAGCUCGUGCCGGUCCGGAUAAGCGUUGUCUUCCUCCUUAGUAUCUCCAUGAUAAGUAUCCUGGUUCCCUCUGAUGACGACCGUCUAAUGGGCGGGUCUGGCGCGACGGCCUCCCCAUACGUGAUUGCCAUGAACGAUGCAGGCAUCCCCGUGAUCCCGCAUAUCGUGAAUGCAGCGAUCUUGAUUGGGGUCAUUGGGAAUGCAGCAGAAGCUAUGUAUACUGCGUCGCGUAUUCUGCGCGCGAUGGCCCACCAAGCCCUGAUCCCGGAGAUUUUCGCCAGGGUCGAUAGCCAGGGCAGACCGAGGUUUGCCCUUCUCAUUACGGGGACAAUAGGCAUACUCCUGACGUAUAUCAACUUGAGCGGUAUGUUUGCAAGUCAUCCCGUAGUCUCCGACACGCACGGUCUGACGGAUGAUUAG